CAUAUCUUCUCUCUUGCCCUCUUCAUGUUCUUUAUUACCUUCACCAUCUUGCGGUCUAGGGGCGCGUUUUGCAUCGCGUAGAUCCAACUUUUCCCAAACGUCCACGGCUCUUCUGCCUCUGCCCGCAUAAGUCGCGUUCUCUUCCAUUCAGCGAAGUAUUUCGCGAGGCCGUGUCGGCCAACGCCCGCCAUGGCUCUCUCAAAGACGCAACAAACUGAUUCCGAAGCCUCCUCAAUAGCCGAUACCUCCAUGGCAGAUGCAAGCAACAUCAUUCGACCGCGUAGACCGUCUUUCGGCCACCUCAAUAGGUACAUGGACGAUACGCCUGACUACACUGAUUCAGACACAAAUCCCAACACGACAGCCAGCAGUGUAGCUGGCGACAUGCCGGCCAUCGACGGUAGGAAGAAACGUAUUGAAGCGUUCCAACUACGGAAGAGCAUACUAGGAAAGAAGCAUGGGCAGCUGGACGAGUCUAAAGAGGAUGACACGAUCCGCCGAUUCAAAUAUCUCCUCGGAUUGACAGACCUAUUCCGCCACUUCAUCGAGACGAACCCCAAUCCCAAAAUACGAGAAGUCAUGGAUGAAAUAGACCGUCAAAAUGCCGAAGAGGCUGCCAACACAAAGAAAGGUGUCUCUCGCAAGGGUGGCGCAGCCGCCGGAAACAAGAGAAAGACCGAGCAAGAAGAGGAUGCAGAGCUGCUACGUGAUGAGAAGCGUGGUGCAGCAUCACAGACCAUAUUCCGGGAAUCACCGGCAUACAUCCAGGGUGGCGAGAUGCGAGACUACCAGGUCGCUGGUCUCAACUGGCUUAUUUCCCUGCACGAGAACGGCAUUUCAGGUAUCCUUGCUGAUGAGAUGGGUCUCGGCAAGACUCUUCAGACGAUCUCCUUCCUCGGGUACCUUCGGCAUAUCUGUGACAUCAAGGGACCACAUCUCAUUGCUGUUCCGAAAUCAACUCUGGACAACUGGGCGAGAGAAUUCAAGAAAUGGACCCCCGAAGUCGAUGUUUUGGUCCUGCAAGGUGCCAAAGAAGACCGGCAUGCCUUGAUCAAUGAACGACUCAUUGACGAAAAGUUCGAUGUCUGUAUCACGAGCUACGAAAUGAUCCUCAGAGAGAAAACUCACCUGAAGAAAUUUGCUUGGGAGUACAUCAUCGUCGACGAAGCCCACCGAAUCAAGAAUGAAGAGUCAUCCCUCGCACAGAUUAUCCGUAUGUUUACUUCUCGCAACCGUCUCCUCAUAACCGGGACGCCUCUGCAGAACAACCUUCAUGAGCUGUGGGCACUGCUCAACUUCCUUCUUCCUGACGUAUUCGGAGAUUCGGAAGCAUUCGACUCCUGGUUCUCGAGUCAGAGCGAGGAUCAAGACACUGUUGUCUCGCAGCUGCAUCGGGUCUUGAGACCUUUCUUGCUUCGAAGAGUAAAGAGCGAUGUCGAGAAGAGCUUGCUUCCCAAGAAAGAAGUCAAUUUGUACGUUGGUAUGUCCGAAAUGCAGGUCAAGUGGUACCAGAAAAUCCUCGAAAAGGAUAUUGAUGCGGUCAAUGGUGCUGGUGGCAAGCGAGAGUCGAAGACGAGACUGCUGAAUAUUGUCAUGCAACUCCGAAAAUGCUGCAACCAUCCCUAUCUAUUUGAAGGUGCUGAACCCGGUCCUCCGUACACCACAGAUGAGCAUUUGGUCUACAAUUCCGGCAAGAUGAUCAUUCUGGACAAGAUCUUGAACCGAAUGAAGGAAGAAGGAAGCCGAGUACUCAUUUUCUCGCAGAUGAGCAGAGUGCUGGACAUCCUUGAAGACUAUUGCGUCUUCAGAGGUCACAAAUAUUGUCGGAUUGACGGUGGUACGGCACAUGAAGAUCGUAUUGCCGCUAUUGAUGACUACAACAAGCCGGAUUCUGAGAAAUUCGUCUUCCUGCUGACUACCCGUGCGGGUGGUUUGGGUAUCAAUUUGACAUCAGCAAAUAUUGUUGUUCUCUACGACAGCGACUGGAAUCCGCAAGCAGAUCUACAAGCUAUGGAUCGAGCACAUCGUAUUGGUCAGACCAAGCAGGUCAAAGUAUUCCGCUUUGUUACAGAAAAUGCUAUCGAAGAGAAAGUGCUGGAACGGGCCGCUCAGAAGUUGCGGUUGGAUCAGCUCGUCAUCCAGCAAGGCAGAGCUCAGCAACAAGUGAAGCAGGCUGCUUCGAAGGACGACUUGUUGAACAUGAUCCAGCAUGGCGCUGAAAAGGUCUUCGAGACAAAAGGUGCGACUGGCGCGCUUGACGACAUUGACGAAAUCUUGCAGCGUGGCGAAGCUCGCACAGCUGAAUUGAGCGCCAGGUACGAGAAACUUGGUAUCGAUGACCUGCAGAAGUUUUCGUCGGAAAAUGCCUACGAGUGGAAUGGUGAAGACUUUACGCAACGUCGAAAAGACAUCGGCAUCAGUUGGAUCAAUCCAGCUAAGCGUGAGCGCAAGGAACAAUCAUACUCGAUGGACAAAUACUACAGACAGGCACUGUCGACCGGGGCAAAACCCGCUGAAACGAAGCCCAAAGUGCCCCGCGCUCCGAAACAGGUCAAUGUUCAUGACUGGCAAUUCUUCCCUCCCGGCCUCCAAGAGUUACAAGAAAAGGAGACGGCAUACUACCAUAAAGAAAUAGGGUACAAGGUGCCUCUUGCUGAAGGGACGGAAGAAGAUUUGAGUGAUCGUGAAGCCGAUCAACGACUAAAUCAAGACGAGAUUGACAAUGCCGAACCUCUGACUGAAGAGGAGAAGCAGCGUAAAGCUGAAAUGCAGGAGCAUGGUUUCGGCAACUGGAAUCGACGAGAUUUUCAGCAAUUUGUCAAUGGGUCUGCUAGAUUUGGCCGGACGAAUUAUGAAGGCAUUGCCACUGAAGUUGACAGCAAGGAACCGGACGAGAUCGAAGAGUAUGCCAAGGUCUUCUGGAAGCGCUACACCGAAAUUGCAGACUACGACAAGUACAUAAAGACCAUCGAGGCAGGUGAAGAGAAACUCCGCAAGACGAAUCUUCAGCGAAAGCUACUUCGGAAGAAGAUGGAGAUGUACCGAGUUCCUCUACAGCAGCUGAAGAUCAACUACACUGUCUCGACGACGAACAAGAAGGUCUAUACAGAGGAAGAGGAUCGAUUCUUGUUGGUCAUGCUUGAUAAACAUGGCGUUGAUGGAGAAGGCCUGUACGAGAAAAUCCGUGAUGAAAUCCGGGAAUCACCCUUGUUCCGCUUCGACUGGUUUUUCCUCAGCAGAACGCCAGUCGAAAUUGGUAGAAGAUGCACCACUUUGCUGAAUACGGUCUUGCGAGAGUUUGGAGACCCCGAGGAGAAGCUCACAAAUGGUCAUGGUCCUGGAAAAGGACGUGGCCGUGAUCGAGACGAAGAUGAUGACGAAGACAACGACAGCGAAGCACCGCCGGUCAAGAAGAAGGCAAAGAACGGCAUCGUGAAUAAACAAGUCAAAGCAGUCAAGUCAGGUCGAGGCAGCAAGAACACAUCGCCUGCAACAUCUCGAGCACAGAGCGUUUCAUCAACGGCGCCAGCGAAUCGAUCGAAGGGCAGAAAGAAGUGAUCAUGAUCAUGUCACACUACUUCAUGACGUCUUUGGUUGGGAGUUUUAUGAUAGCAUGUCGGAGGCUUGCGAGGAGUUUGUCUGGUUCAGAAAAAGCCGUUGUUCUAUCAAGGAAGCCUGCAGAUAUUGGGCAAGAGACAUGAGAUUGUUCAUGGUACAAGCCUUCGGGAGGCUGUCCGUGCUAUGAACGAGGUCUAUGCAUUGGCAUUGAGGACAUGAGCUUAGAAAUGUAGAACUAGUGUGAAAGACACAAUGAUCAGUUGCUGGGGUCAACCUGCAGACAAACAAGGGUCGUCGACAUAUGCUUUUGGGCACAGCGGCGUCAAUCUCAGCAUU